AUAGAUUUGAAUCCUAUCCCAAGCAGUGGCACCCAAUGCCCAGUUUUGUAACAGAGACCCCUAAACCUUCUCUGUGCAGGUGGGUCAGCCACACAGCUGGGGGGAAGGAGACUCUGGAGCUGGGAAAACUCACAACAGGAGAGCUGGAUAUAGCUGGCACUGCAAGGAGAGACCUCUCAAGAGAGAGCAGCAGGAGGCAUUGCAAGCAGAUCUUUGAUGCUGCGGAUCAGAGAUGGACCCUGGUGAAAACUGGAAGCUGGAUGAAACAAACUGGUUGUCUCAUGGUGGGAUCCACCCCUUUUCCAAUGUGAAAGGAGACAAUGAGCUCUCCGAAGGUGCCCCAGCCCUCUUUGCUCUGGAUCAGCUGGGCUCCACAUCUGUUUGUUACAAGCCUACCAGCCCAGUCCAGGUACUGGAAGACUCUGGCUUUCUCUACCAGGAUCAGUUGUUUGCUGGCAGGCAUGAGGUGUCCCCGCUAACGGCUGAAGUGAUCAGUGCCAAAGAAAAAGCUGCCGAGGAGACCCUCUGCACCCUGCGCCCGCCCAGCUUCCGCCGUGUGCCAGAGGCGGAGAUGCGAGGGGCGGAGGAGGUGGCAGCCGGCACCGUCCUGCAGCGCCUGAUCCAGGAGCGGCUGAGGUAUGGCAACCCCAGCGAGAACAUGAACCUGCUGGCCAUCCAGCACCAGGCGACGGGCAGCGCCGGCCCCUCCAACAGCACUGCCAGCACUCUCUCUUCCGCAGAAAACCUUGCUCCCGAAGACCUGCCAAUGGUCCAGCCGUCAGGGCGGCAGGAACCACAGGGGCAGGAGCACCAGGGGGACGGUGCUGCCAUGGAGAAGCAGCCUCGGGCCCCGCAGCCCCCGCACGGCACCGAGGAGCUCCCCACCUACGAGGAGGCCAAGGCUCAAUCCCAGUUUUUCCGUGGCCAGCCCGCACCACCAGCCACCGCCGCCACGCCGGGUUUUUAUGGCUCCUCCAGCCAAAAGUCCAGGACGGAGGGGAGGCCUACGGUGAACCGGGCCAACAGCGGGCAGGCGCAUAAGGAUGAGGCGCUGAAGGAGCUGAAGCAGGGCCACGUCCGCUCGCUGAGCGAGAGGAUCAUGCAGCUCUCUCUGGAGAGGAACGGGGCCAAGCAGCACCCCCCAGCCCCAGGAGGUGGGAAGGGUUUCAAGGCAGCCCCACAACCCAGCAAGGCCGCAGACCCACGGGGCCCGCCUCCCGAGUACCCCUACAAAGGCAAGGCAGCAGCCCCAGGCAGCAAGGCGCAGGAGCACGGGCUCUUCUACGGCGAGCAAUCAUCACAAGAUGUCCUCAAGGCCGCCUACGCCGCCCCCCAGCCCGCCCGGGCAGAGAUGGCCCUCGUGCGCUACCAGCCGCCCCCAGAGUACAGGCUCAGCAGCCGACAAUGCCCGCCGCCCUUCCCGCCGCCGCCGGCCCAGCAGCACAGCCCCAUGUCCUCGCAGGCCACCGCUGGCCCUCUGCUCCCAGGCUCCUUGCCCCCACUGCCGGCCCCCGUGGCUGCCCAGACCCCGACGCUGCCGGGCCAGCAGCUGACACCCGACGCCUUUGCCAUCGUGGAGCGGGCGCAGCAGAUGGUGGAGAUGCUCUCCGAGGAGAACCACGUGCUGCGGCAGGAGCUGGAGGGCUACUACGAGAAGGCAGACAAACUGCAGAAGUUUGAGAUUGAGAUUCAGAGGAUUUCAGAAGCUUAUGAAGGUUUGGUGAAGACCACCACUAAGAGGGAGUCCCUGGACAAAGCGAUGAGAAACAAACUCGAAGGAGAAAUUAGGAGACUUCAUGACUUCAACAGGGAUCUCCGUGAACGACUGGAGACAGCCAAUAGGCAGCUGGCCAGCCGAGACUUCGAUGGGCACGAGGAUAAGGCAACAGAGGGCCUUUAUGCCACUCAGAACAAAGAGAACUUGAAGGAGAAGGAAAAGUUGGAGAUGGAGCUGGCAGCUUUGCGUUCAGCCAAUGAGGACCAGCGGAGGCACAUUGAAAUCCUUGACCAGGCCCUAAACAAUGCACAAGCCAAGGUUAUCAAGCUGGAAGAGGAGCUGCGCAGGAAGCAGGCCUACGUGGAGAAGGUGGAGAAGCUGCAGCAGGCGCUGACACAGCUGCAGGCAGCCUGUGAGAAGAGGGAGCAGAUGGAGCGGCGGCUACGCACACGCCUGGAGAGAGAGCUGGACUCGCUGAGGAUGCAGCAGAGGCAGGGCAGCUACCAGGCAAGCAGCCUUCCAGAGCAUAAUGCCCCGGCCCUGAUGGAGCUGGUGCGGGAGAAGGAGGAGAGGAUCCUGGCCUUGGAAGCUGACAUGACCAAGUGGGAGCAGAAGUACCUGGAGGAGAGUACGAUCCGGCACUUUGCCAUGAACGCUGCAGCCACAGCUGCCACAGAGAGAAGGCAGCCUCACAGUCUGAGGAGCCUGACUGACCGUGGUGAACCCUUUGCCAGGGAUGCCCCGAGCCACUCGCACAACGGCAGCUACGGCGAGGCGGCGCUGGAGGUGCGGGGCUGGCAGGAGGAGGAGGAGAUCGUGCAAGCCAACCGCCGCUGCCAGGACAUGGAGUACACAAUAAAGAAUCUCCACGCCAAAAUAAUUGAGAAGGAUGCCAUGAUCAAGGUCCUUCAGCAGCGGUCACGGAAGGACCCUGGCAAAGCUGACAGCGCCAGCCUGCGUCCGGCUCGCUCCGUGCCCUCCAUCGCCGCCGCUGCCGGCACGCACUCGCGCCAGACCUCGCUCACCAGCAACCAGAUAGCUGAGGAGAGGAAGGAGGAAAAGCUCUGGAAGGGAAGCAUAGGGCUGCUCUUGGGAAAGGAGCACCAUGACCACCCGUCAGGCCCCUCUCUGCCUCCUCCUCUGCCCUCCUUGUCCUGCAUGCCCGUCCCAGUGCCGGCAGCCUCCCACACCAAGACAGGCAGCAAGGACAGCAGCACCCAGACGGACAAAACCGCGGAGCUCUUCUGGCCCGCCACGGCCUCCUUCCCCGGCCGGGGACGCCUGGGUGCCACCCCGGCACACAGCCCAGCCCCACGGCCCCUGGGGACACGAGUGGCCAGCGAGAAACUGGAGAACUCCAGCCACGGGAAGCUGCCUGACAGCAAAGGCAGAGUGAGCAGCCUGCUCCACAAGCCUGAGUUUCCAGAUACAGACAUGAUGGAAGUCCUCAUCUGAGCAGAGGACAGCAUCUCUGGGGUUUUGUGUGUGUACAGCCAGGCCCAAGAUGGUCCUCGGUGUGCCAACCUUGAAAACUAACCCUGAGAGUCUGAAAAAAGACAAAGUUUAUUCCCAAAUUGAAGCUAGAGUCUGACACGUUGAGACUUUUCACCAGGCGAGAAGUCAAGAGCACUGAAGAGGAGUGAUGAAAUGAACGUCUGACGUUUUCUGAAUAGAAAGGGUCAUUGAAAAUGGAAAGUGGUGUGAGAAAGGGAGUGUUGAGGAAAAAGGAAACUGUGUUUUCUGGCAUAAAGAGAAAGUAGUGAAGUUACAGACUGGUUGCACGCUGCUGCUCUGUUUUCCUGCCUCAGCAACCAGGACAGGGAGUGAAAUCCUGUCUCUUUGGAGGCCAGAGAAAGUUUCUGAAUAAUCCAGGAAAAACUUGCAUCUUCCUCCAUAUCAAUGCAUUUCUCAAAGGUUUCAAAAAUUUCAAAAAUUUCACUUCUUAAUUUUUGUGAAUAAUUGGUCUGUAGAUGUACAUGGCAGGUUCUUGUAAGUAUUUGUUUGAAGUGGCAUUGGCGUGGCUUUCCUGGGCAGGCAGGUCAGGUGCCUCUUUCCUGGCCGGACAAGUGUUUCUCUUGGAGCUGAAUUUACAGUACAAAUAUUCAUGUCUUGCAACCUCAGAGCUUGCUGAGACUUCUUUUUUUGAUAGGAGCAGUUGUUGGCUGGAAUUCUCCUGGUGGAUGAAUGCAGAAGGGGGAGGGGGGACCCUGCUGAAGCUAACCCUGUUGUAACCAUAGGAAAGUUUCAGGAGGGAAAGUUAGGGGAGGAUCCCAGCAGCUCCCUAAAGGGCUGUGAGUUAGAGUUCCUUCAAAGGGAAGCUGCAUGGGUUUGUUUUUAGAGGAGUUAAGCUGGGUUGCCAUGUGAGAUCAGAAGAUACCUCUUUCUGGGCAGUGGUUCAUCGUGUUUAAAGAGUCAGUGUAUUUGUUGGUAUUCUUAUACUCAGUGUAUAAGAACUUUCAAUUCUUAUAGCCAAAUCCUAGCUUUGAGCAUACAAACCUGCUGUUCAAGCUGAUGUGGUACUUAGACAUUAAGGAGUGCAGGAGCAGGCGGGGAAGGGUUUAACUGCAAAGCAGUACGUGAGCAUCAUGUGUUUUCUGUGCUGAGCUGUGGUUUCUUUUCACCUUAUUUUACCCAGGGUGGAACAUUUCUUAUUUUCAGCCUUGUCCCUGAAUUCAGUAGGAGGCAGCCAGCUCACCCACUGUGUUACUCGUGGCUUCAUGCACUGCACAUGCCGAUGGGGAAAUUUUCCUCCGUGAGGCAUUUCUGUAUUGGCUUUGCAGUUCCUGCUUGUGGUGCACUUUAAGGAGAGCUUAACUUUGGGAAAAGGAGCAAUGGGAUCUAAUGUGAAGCUGCCCAGAGUGGAAAAGUGAUGGGUGCUGGAAGUAAUCGUGCACUCAGGGCUGGCUCGAGGUCACCUCUUCCUGUAGGCGACAAAUCAGAGCCCUUGACUGUUGAGAACACCAGGCAUUUUAAACUCUGCUUUUGCCAAAAACUGAAGCCCUUGUGAACUCAAAGCCUUCACAGGCCAGAGCCUUGUGCUCUGUACUGCCUGGCUGAUACCUUUUGUUUUUAAAAAGAACAAAAUUGCUAUGUUGAAGCUAUGCACUUAUUUUUGCGUGUACCUAGAAUUAGACGUAUGUUGUUGUCACCCUCUUUCUGAGUUUCGCACUUGUUAAACAAAGUAGUGGUAGGUAGGUUGUGCAGGAAGCACACUGUGUGUUUCAAGUAUUAGCAGCUUUGCAUUGUGAAACCAAAGGUGUAAAACCCUUGGAAGAUGUUAUGCAGCUUAAUAUAUGCCUUGUAAGAUAAUUUUUUCCUCUCUAAAGUUAAUUUAAACGUUGUAAUUGUUUGCAUAAAAGCCGGGACCGCGUGUGACAUCACCACUGACCACUUUCGUGGCUCUUCCUCAAGCAUCUGGGGUAGGAAUGGGGCAAGAGAGAGACAAAUCAAGGGAAUACAAGUAAAAUGUUGGUGAAUUUUUAAUGGCAUCGCUUUUUAUCCAAGAAAUAAGGAUACCCAGGUGCUUGGAAGUCCCUAAGCAUUUUGUUACCAGCUGUAAUAUUUAUUUUGCUGAAACUCUUCAGUAAAGUGUGUGCAGGCAGACGGUGAGGCAUCCAGGAGAAACAGUGCUGGAUCAGCAUGGAUCAGCUCUCAGUUAUGUUUGGUAGUGGUUCAGCUCGAGUUCUCCAAGUCAGCUAGAGUACAGCACUCCUCCUUGGGGAGAGCACAGUCUCUCCAGGUGCUGCUAUCCAAAGCUAGCUUUACACUUGAUGCUGCCCCAGAUAUAGGAAACUCUUAGAGACAGUGUGUGUGCAACACCUCAGAUAAACCAAAUUCUCACCAGUUCUGUUGAACUCAAGAGAUGUUCGUUUUCCUGGAGGGAAGGUCUGGAGGAGUGGUGUGUCUCCCUCCAGCCCAAGCACUCACAGGAUUGGAUGGAGUACUACUGCCAUAUGUCAGCCCCGCUGAGCAGAACGGCCCAGCUCCAUUUGUGCUGGCUUUCCCAGCUCUUUGAACUGUUUUGUGUUUUUGGGAAACUGUGCUGUAGCCAUUCCAGGUGAUGUCAGUGGUAACUAGUUGUAAAAUACUGUCAUUUUUUAUUGCUGUUGGUUGUAUAGAGAAGUUUGUGUACAGUGUUUUACAGCUGGAGGGUGAUUUGUACAUAGGGGGGGAAAUGAAGGAUGUUAUGUGUCACCCCCAGCAAAUGUUGAUAUUGUUGGUCAGCCAAAGAUUUCUUAUUCUUUGCUGUUUAAAUUUGUGCCUUACUAUUGUAGAUAAUAAAUGUAUAAACAUGUUUAUUUUC